AUGGCUGGAGACAAUAUCAGAGGCAUGCAUGUUGCUAUCGUCGGCGCCGGGAUCGGGGGACUCGCCCUUGCCAUGGGUCUGCAUAAGAAAGGCGUACCUUUCACGAUUUAUGAAGCAGCCCCAGAAUAUUCAGUUGUGGGCGCUGGCAUAGGAUUCGGACCGAAUGGCGAUCUGGCCUUGGACAUGCUCCAGGAGGGGUUUCGUGCCGAGUAUGAAAAGGUCUGCGUGGGUAAUAAUCCUGCCAACCCCCAGGAUAUCUACUUUGAAGGCAUGCUCCUCCAGGAGGGUCUUGGUCUCAAAGAACCUUGCAAGUCCUUGACUGAUAUUGAGCAACAUCCGGGCAAGGUUAUCUUGAAAUUUGCAGACGGCGAAAUUGAUGAGGCUAGUAUUCUAGUCGGCGCGGAUGGCAUCAAGAGCGUCGUAAGAGAGCACGUCUUGAACCCAUUGUAUCCUGGCCAGGCUGAGCCGGUGUACGCAGGCUCCUAUUGCUAUCGAGGCGUGAUCCCGACAGCCGACGCCGAAGAGAUUUUUGGGGAACUCACAGAUGUGGCUAAGAUCUACGUCGGGCAUAAACGAUGUUGUGUCACUUAUCUGAUUUCGGGUGGCGCGGAAUUUAAUUUCCUUCUUUGCGUUAUCGAUGAUAAACCAUGGGUAUUGAAGAAUGCCGUCACGCAAAAAGUCGCCCAUGAGGCCAUGAUAGCUGAUUUUGAAGGCCCUGAUGUGGACCACCGUUUCCGCCGUUUGUUGAACAAGGCCAAGCCGAUCAAGUGGGGGUUUUUCCAUCACCAGAACACGUCAACAUAUUAUCGUGAUCGGGUGGUCCUUCUAGGUGACAGCGCCCAUGCUUCUCUGCCUUUCCAGGCUGCUGGCGCCAGUCAGGGCUUAGAAGAUGCCUUAGUGCUAUCGAACGUGCUGGCUAAGAUACACAAUACUCCUGACCAAGGCGCAGUCCUAGGGCAAUAUAUCAACGCCGGAUUUGCCGCAUAUGACCAAAUCCGACGGCCGAGAGCCCAGAGACAACUUGAACGAGCUUACGAAAUGAGCCAAACGAUUCACUUGCAGCACCCAGAGUCAGGCUCUGAUAUGAACAAAGUCAUACUCAAAUUGCAGCGAGGGUGGUUCGACUGGGUGUGGUUUCAUGAUUUGGACGCGGACAUCGAGUCAGCGUUACGGAAAAUGGACGAGGUCAUGAAC